CGACUCUCUGCGUCGCUAGCAGCAAACUUAUUGAGAGAAAAAAAGAGGGGGAGGUAAGUAAGUUAUUAUUUGAGGGGAAAGAAAGAGACAAAGUUGGUGGACUCUGCGGUGCGGACCGGGGGAGGGAUUCUGUUUAUCUGGACCGACUCGUUUGCGCUCAGCACCGGACCGCUGGGUCGCCCGGAGUAACGGGGCGCCGGUGUAACUCGUUUCCGCUCCGGUGUCCAAACUUUUAUCUCCUCCUGCUGCUCCUGCUCCUGCUAACGCCGAACCGGAUUCUUCUCCCCUUUCAUUCGGGAAUGAUAGCCUCAGCCGAGCCGGAGCCGAGCGGACGGUGGGUCGGCGCCUCCUGCUCGCCGUGCCGCCGGAGCAGCGCGAUGCGGAGGCUGUGGCUGUGAGCGCCGGAGAUGAGCGGCGGACGUCGGCCGAGGCGAGCAUCGGAGCACCGAGGGGCCGAUCUAGGCGUCUGCGCCGGAGCCACAUGAAGGAGCGACGGUCUGCCUCCUGCUGAACCUCCUCCGCUUUGUGCUUUCAGAGGAGCCGGGAAGACUGUUUCUUUUAUUUAUAUGAACAUAUAUAUUUAUAUAUAUUAUUAUUUUAGCAAACGUUUGUUUGUUUAUAUCGGGGAGUCGGAGCGGAAGGAGCGCACACACAGAUGGUCCACAAAGGAAGCCCUCUGCCUCCAUAGGUCACUCCAGCGAGGGUCCAUGUUCCUCCUGCUCCCUGGCCGGACUGCCUUCGCUUUAUUGUCCUUUAUUUCCAUGGAGUCGCCCCCUCCACGGCCCACCCGUGUCUGUGGGUUUGUCACACGUGGACUUGAAAAUCUCGAGAUGUCUGAAGACAGUUUCUAAUUUAUCCGCCGUUGUAUUUAUUGCGCGUACAGAAGUUGUUGUUUUUUUUUUUCAGUUUUUGUUUAAGUUCGGGAACAUUUCCUCGUGUAUUAGACUUUCUCCUGGUUCAUCUCGGAGCGCGCACCCGGCGGGGCGUCGCUGACCCCCCUACCCACCUCCUCCCCUCCACCUCCCACCAUGGACCGGCCGAUCAGCAAGCUGCUGGGCAAGCUGAAGCUCACCGACGCCGGCAGCGUGAAGUUCAGCUCCAAGAAGAAACACGACUCCGCCACCAACGCCAACAACAGCAACGCCAACGCCGGCGCCUCCUCCGGGCCGCCCUCCGCCGCGGCCCGCUUCUCGCUUGGCCCCGCGACCCCGGGCGACGCGUGCGCGCCGGAAAGAGGCUCAGGAGGAGGGAUGGGGAUGGCUCCCCUCCACGCACCGGCGGCCCAGGCGGCGCCCUCCUCCGCGCCUCCUCCAGAUGGCGAGCAGCCGCUCCACCCCUCCACCCUGGCCCAGCUGAGGCGACCCUCCCCCCAGCAGCGGGCCUCCUACUACCUGACCGACGGAGCGGACCCCCACCUCGGCCCGCCUCCCGAUGCGUCGGGCUCCAAGGCGGCCCUCAACCAGCGGCGGUACUCCCUGGAGCUCCAGCAGCUGGUCCGGCGGGAGCAGCUCCUCUCCCAGCCUCCCCCGCACUCGGUGCCGCCGCCGUACUACGGAUCCAGACCCGGAGGAGGAGGAGGAGCAGGAGGAGGAGUGAUGGCGGAGCAGGGCUACGGACCCGAGCCCGAGAGACACAAGCGCUUCUCCCUGCAGGAGGCCCUGCUCUACAAGCGGCUGAGCACGGGCAGCGACCUGUGGGACAACCCGCGCCCCGCCUCCCUCUCCCACCCGCCGCACCGGCCCUCCGACAUGCCGGCCGGCUGCGUGGGGCUCUUCUACCCGCCCGGGCCCACGCUGAGCCCCUGCUCGUCGUUCAGCCUGCAGGAGUCGGUGCUGGUGAGCCCCCGGUCCAGCUUCGCCUCCAGCACGGCCAGCGGCGGAGGCGGGGGGAGCCCCAUGGGGAGCCGCUGCAGCAGCAACCGGACCAGCGGCAUCAGCCUGGGCUACGACUCCCGCUACUCCGCCUCCGGGGGGCUCCCCGUCCAGCAGCAGCAGCAGCCGCCCGCGGGCUCCUCGGCGGGCUACGGGGCCCCGGGCAGAGCCGCGGGGGCCUCCGCGGAGGCCUGGACUCACUACCUGGAGGAAGGAGGCCGCCCGGGGCCCUACGACAGCCGCCACUCGUACCCGCCCGCCGUGGGGAGUCCGGCGGCGGCGUGCUACCAGGGAGGCCCCGAGUGGUGGGAGGAUCAGCAGGCGGGGGCCAGGGGCAAGGAGGCGGUGGGCGAGAGGGCCCGCUACUCGGACCUGCCCGGCACCCGGUACCAGGAGGAGCUGACCCGGCUGCUGCUGAGAGACGCCGCCCGGGACGGCGGCGGUCUGCUGGAGGGCCUGAGGCUGAAGGACCAGCCUCUGGCGCCGGCCGCGCUCUCCAAGGGGGGCGCAGCGCCGCCGGGGCCCUCCUCGGCCGGACCGGUCAGACCCCAGGAGGACUCGGGAGGUGCCGCCGGGAGAGAGAGCCUGGACACCCGGCAGGAGUUCUUCGGUACCUGUGUGAAGUGUGGGAAAGGCGUGUACGGGGCGGACAACGCCUGCCAGGCCCUGGAUCACCUCUAUCACACUCGCUGCUUCACCUGCGUGUCCUGCGGGCGGACCCUGAGGAACAAGGACUUCUACAACGUCAGCGGCUCCGUGUACUGUAAGGAGGAUUACAUGUUUUCGGGAUUCCAGGCGGCUGCUGAGAAGUGUAGCGUGUGUGGUCACCUCAUUCUGGAGCAGAUCCUGCAGGCUGUGGGGAACUCCUACCACCCCGGCUGUUUCCGAUGCGUGGUGUGCUCCAAGGCUCUGGACGGCGUUCCUUUCACCGUGGACCAGCACAGCAACAUCUACUGCGUCGCAGACUACAACAAGACUUUUGCUCCAAAGUGCGCCGCCUGUCUGCAACCCAUCCUACCGACUGAAGGCAGCGAGGAGAUCCUCAGGGUUGUGUCUAUGAACAAGGACUACCACUUUGAGUGCUACCACUGCGAGGAGUGUGGCAAGCAGCUCUCCGAUAAGCCCGGCUCGCAGUGCUUCCCUCUGGACUCUCAUCUCCUCUGCCACUCCUGUCACAUGAGCCGGGUGUGCGGCGCACACGGCAGCGCUCCCCCGCACAACGCGCACUGAUCAGACGCCGCGCAGCUCUCAUGUUUGUCUUUUAAAGAAAGCCAUCGAUCCCCUGAACUGAAACCGCUGACGUCGAGGCAUUUCAUUGGUCACAUUUCACGUCGUCCGAUUGGCUCGUCACAACGGGCCGCCCUGCUGUACUUCUCGGACCAUUACUGUACUAUAGAUUAAAAAGAAAAAAAAAAAGGGAACUACUGCUUUUUUAACCCCCAGUGUUGCUACUGUUUGCUGUAGAAGAACAAAAGGGAUUUUUGCUGAAUUAUGUUGUAUAUAUACCUUAUGACUAGCAAACUUUUGCACUUAAAUUUGACUUUACUGUAAGUUGUUACGCGGAUCUGUGCAAGCUGAAGAGAAACGACGGAACUUCGUGUGUUAAAGUAUUUUUCCAUUGUGUACUACUUCCAGACAUCGGUCACAAUUUCAAUAAAAAGUGAACAUUAACAGAAAUA